GAUGUGUGCAGAGUAAGGGUCGCGGUAAGGAUCCGGCCGAAGAACGCUGAUGAACUGGCUCAGGGCGCCGACUUCGAUAAUAUUGUGGAGUUGCAGCCUGAGUGUAAGAAGCUGAAGCUGAAGAAAAACAACUGGGCCUCUGAAUCCUACCAGUUCGAUGAGAUCUUCACUGAGAAUGCUUCACAGAAACGUGUAUACCAGGUCGUCGCCAAGCCUGUAGUCGAGAGUGUGUUAGAAGGGUAUAAUGGGACAGUGAUGGCUUACGGUCAAACAGGUACUGGCAAGACAUACACAGUCGGUCAGCUUGGAAAAGAAGACCCUUCUCAACGUGGUAUAAUGGUCAGAGCGUUGGAGCACAUCCUUUCCAGCAUAUCUUUGGAGACAGAUAGCGUGGCUGUAUCAUACCUCCAGCUAUACUUAGAAUCUGUUCAAGAUUUACUGGCCCCAGAGAAGACCAAUAUUCCAAUAGUCGAGGAUCCUAAAAGUGGUGAAGUUUCAUUGCCAGGUGCUGCAAUAGUUGAAAUCAAAGAUCUUGAACAUGUUUUUCAACUUCUACAAAUUGGUGAGACAAAUCGUCAUGCUGCUAAUACUAAGAUGAACACAGAGUCAUCUCGCAGUCACGCUAUUCUAAUUAUUUAUCUACAAAGAAGUGUAAGAAUAAAAGAAGAAAGCACUAGCACUAUCCCUAAUGUUGCAGAACAUAUUCUUGCUGAUGAUUUACCACUUGUUCUGAAAAGCAAACUCUUAAUUGUGGAUCUUGCUGGAUCAGAACGAAUUGACAAGUCAGGAAGUGAAGGCCACAUGAUUGAAGAAGCCAAGUUCAUUAAUCUUUCACUAUCAUCUCUAGGGAAGUGCAUUAAUGCACUAGCAGAAAAUAGUCCUCAUAUACCAACAAGAGAUUCGAAGCUUACAAGGAUGCUUCGUGAUUCAUUUGGAGGAACUGCUAGGACUUCCCUUGUUGUGACAGUAGGUCCAUCCAUAAGGCAUUACUCAGAAACUUCAAGCACAAUUUUGUUCGGUCAAAGAGCUAUGAAAGUAGUAAACACAAUAAGGUUAAAGGAGGAAGUUGAUUAUGAAAGCCUAUACAAGAAGGUAGAAAGUGAGGUUGAUCAUCUCACAUCAGAGAUUGAGAGACAGCAAAAGCUCAAACACAACGAGAAAAUACAGUUGGAAGAAAGAUUGAAAGAGUCAGAAACAUUCUUGAAUGAUUUAAGAAUGACCUCUGCCAUGCAAAUUGAGAAUCUGCAGAAGGAAAAACAUCAAUUUGAAUACGCAAUCAAAAGAUUGAUGCAUGAGCUAGAGGAAAAGGAACACCAAAAUAAAGUUUUAUCCGAGAGAAUCAUUCAUUUAGAAACAUCACUGAACGAAAAGAAGCAACAACAACUUGAGAUCUUCUCAAGCACGAAAAUUCUCGCCGAAACAUCUAAGGGCCAUGAGAAGAAAAUGGUAGAAUUGGUAAAGCAGCUUGAAGAGGAAAGAUCUCGUUCUGCUAGUAUGAAGAGUCAUUUUAAUAUACUACAACAACAACUGAGUGAUGCUCAGAAUUCUGCUCAGCUCCAGGAAAAUACAGCCCGUGAGUUGAAAAGAGAGCUAUCCAAAAUCACUAAAGAAUUUACUAGCCAAGUACACUCACUAGAAGAAAAAAACAGUCAACUCAUAUCAGAGAAGGACUUGAUACAUGUAGAACUGAAAUCUGCAAAUGAAAAGGUGCAACAUGAAACGAGGCAUAGGGAGAGCCUUGAAGCUGAAGUUCUAAGGUUGAAGCGACCUUUGACUGAUAAUUGUGUUGAAGAGUCUAAAGCAUUAUCUGGUAUGAUUAGAUCAGGAUCUGGAUUAGGUAGUGAUGCACUUAUGUCUAAAUCAGGAAAAUUCAAGGAGACCCUUUCAAGCCUGAGAGGUCUCAUUUCAAAGAUAUUUGAAGAAGUUGGUCUUACAAGUGUCCUGGCUCUGCUGAAGUCUAAAGAUCUAGAGGUGCAGAUCCAUGCCGUCAAAGUGGUCGCUAAUCUUUCUGUUGAAGAUAUUAAUCAGGAAAAAAUCGUCGAGGAAGGAGGGCUGGAUGCUCUUCUAUCACUUCUAGAAACAUCAGAAAACACGACGAUUCAUCGAGCCACUGCGGGUGCCAUUGCCAACUUGGCAAUGAAUGUAUCAAACCAGGGGCUUAUAAUGAGCAAAGGAGGAGCUCGACUAUUAGCAAAUGUUGCAUCUAAAACUGAUGACCUUCCAACCAUGCGAAUGGUAGCCGGUGCAAUUGCCAACUUAUGUGGAAAUGAAAAAUGGCACAUGAUGUUGAAACGAGAUGGUGGAAUAAAAGCCAUGCUAGCGAUGUUUCAAACAGGAAAUGAUGAUGUCAUAGCUCAGAUAGCACGAGGAUUAGCAAACUUUGCAAAAUGUGAAUCCCAAGUAACAAGCCAAGGCCACAGGAAAGGGCCCUCCCUUCUCAUUGAAGAUGGCGUCCUUACUUGGAUCGUGGCCAACUCUACCAUGUUUUCUCCUCCGGCGCGAAGACAUAUCGAGCUUGCCUUUUCCUAUCUUGCUCAAAACGAGGAAAACUCCCGUGAUAUCAUCGUGUCUGGAGGGAUCAAGGAGCUCCUUCGCAUCUCAAGGGAGUCUUCAAGAGAGGACGCCCGUAGCCUGGCGAAGAAGGCACUAAAUUCAAACCCAGCUUUCUUAAAGGAGAUACAGUGAUCCCCUUUUUGAUUGUCACAUUCGGCAGAUACUUUGUAUCCCUUGCUUCCCAUGCUGGAGGUUAAAGCUUGAGUAGCUUGGCAGUAGGAUCUAGGCACUGAACUCUGGAAAAUAUGUAAUCAAGGCAUCCUCCCUCCCUGAAGACUGACAUGAGGCCUGCGGAGGAUACAAGAGCGGCCCUGCAAGAUGUCUACCCGCAGUACCGAGACAACGCUACAGACAAGGCGUGAUCGCGUUACUGGGAGUUGUUGUUUUGUGCUGUUAUGUGGUGGGCGUGUCUUCCUUUAGUUUCUCGUUGUCCUUUCAGUUCUUAGUUUUUU